AUAGACGACACGACACGCCUCUUUUCAGUUGACUGAUACAUUCACAUAGGCGGAGUUAAAUCUCUGCAUUUAAGAAGCAUACUUCUCAAUAUUAGGAUAACCCCAACAUCGCUUGAACGCUGAGAGGAGACACAGUAGCCUGCUCCAGGUAUCUACGGACUGGUCACCUGCAGCUGUUCUUGCUUAACAAUCCACUUGUUAAUUACAUGUUAAUAUGUUGAAACUGAUAGUAGGCUUAGCACUCGUGACCCUGGUUGCUUGCUUGCAAUGCUCCAACAAUGAUGUCUGUGAGGCAGGCCAGACAUGCUGCCAGGCUCCCUCUGGAGACACCAGCUGCUGUCCCUUACAUCAUGGAGAGUGUUGUGAAGACCACCUGCAUUGUUGUCCUGAGGGCAUGCUCUGCCAAGUAAAGGACUCUAUGUGUCAGAAUGCCACACAUUCACUGCCAUGGGCGGAGAGGUUGCAUGCUGAACAUACAAGCCUUUCCACAGACUCUGAUAUUCCCUGUGAUGGCACUGUGACAUGUUCGGAUGAUUCCACAUGCUGUAAGACUAAAGAGGGAGGAUGGGCCUGCUGUCCUCUGCCAAAGGCUGUGUGUUGUGAAGAUUUUAUUCACUGUUGUCCUAAUGGAAUGAAAUGUAAUGUGGCUGCUGAGACAUGUGAGGACCCAUCAGGCUCUGUACCCUGGUUUGAGAAGAUACCAGUUCAACCAAUCAGCAGUCAGAAUAUGGGUGACACAAAAUUGUCUUCCACCUCUGAUAUUCCCUGUGAUGGCACUGUGACAUGUUCGGAUGAUUCCACAUGCUGUAAGACUAAAGAGGGAGGAUGGGCCUGCUGUCCUCUGCCAAAGGCCGUGUGUUGUGAAGAUUUUAUUCACUGUUGUCCUAAUGGUAUGAAAUGUAAUGUGGCUGCUGAGACAUGUGAGGACCCAUCAGGCUCUGUACCCUGGUUUGAGAAGAUACCCGUUCAACCAAUCAGCAGUCAGAAUGCGGGUGACACAAAAUUGUCUUCCACCUCUGAUAUUCCCUGUGAUGGCACUGUGACAUGUUCGGAUGAUUCCACAUGCUGUAAGACUAAAGAGGGAGGAUGGGCCUGCUGUCCUCUCCCAAAGGCUGUGUGUUGUGAAGAUUUUAUUCACUGUUGUCCUAAUGGUAUGAAAUGUAAUGUGGCUGCUGAGACAUGUGAAGACCCAUCAGGCUCUGUACCCUGGUUUGAGAAGAUACCAGUUCAACCAAUCAGCAGUCAGAAUGCGAGUGACACAAAAUUGUCUUCCACCUCUGAUAUUCCCUGUGAUGGCACUGUGACAUGUUCAGAUGAUUCCACAUGCUGUAAGACUAAAGAGGGAGGAUGGGCCUGCUGUCCUCUCCCAAAGGCUGUGUGUUGUGAAGAUUUUAUUCACUGUUGUCCUAAUGGUAUGAAAUGUAAUGUGGCUGCUGAGACAUGUGAGGACCCAUCAGGCUCUGUACCCUGGUUUGAGAAGAUACCAGUUCAACCAAUCAGCAGUCAGAAUGUGGGUGACACAAAAUUGUCUUCCACCUCUGAUAUUCCCUGUGAUGGCACUGUGACAUGUUCGGAUGAUUCCACAUGCUGUAAGACUAAAGAGGGAGGAUGGGCCUGCUGUCCUCUGCCAAAGGCUGUGUGUUGUGAAGAUUUUAUUCACUGUUGUCCUAAUGGUAUGACAUGUAAUGUGGCUGCUGAGACAUGUGAGGACCCAUCAGGCUCUGUACCCUGGUUUGAGAAGAUACCCGUUCAACCAAUCAGCAGUCAGAAUGUGGGUGACACAAAAUUGUCUUCCACCUCUGAUAUUCCCUGUGAUGGCACUGUGACAUGUUCGGAUGAUUCCACAUGCUGUAAGACUAAAGAGGGAGGAUGGGCCUGCUGUCCUCUCCCAAAGGCUGUGUGUUGUGAAGAUUUUAUUCACUGUUGUCCUAAUGGUAUGACAUGUAAUGUGGCUGCUGAGACAUGUGAGGACCCAUCAGGCUCUGUACCCUGGUUUGAGAAGAUACCCACUCGUCCUAGAGAAGGUCUAGGGUCACAUGAGAAUAAGAGUUGUGACUCCAGUCACUCUUGUCCUGAAUCCAACACUUGCUGUAAGAACAUAGAUGCAGACUGGAAUUGCUGUCCCAUGCCUGAGGCUGUGUGUUGUUGGGAUCAUUUACAUUGCUGUCCUCAAGGCUUCACUUGCAACUUCAUAACACUCACCUGUGACAAUGGCGGCACCUCUGUGCCCAUGACAGUCAUUAUUCCUGGCUCAGCUAAGGAAGGUCACAGACAGACACAGCAUGAGGAAGUGAAAGAAGAAACGGGAGUGAGAAAGUACAAUAGCAGGGUGCCAUGUGAUGCACAAACUUCCUGCCCAGUUCAUACCACUUGCUGUUUGAUUGCAAAAACCAGCAAAUGGGGCUGCUGCCCGUUGCCUGAUGCUGUAUGUUGCAAGGAUGGAGAUCACUGUUGUCCAGCUGGCUAUGAGUGUGAUGUGAGCAAGGUGACCUGCGUCAAGAGAGGUGCUGUGAUUCCUUGGUACAAAAAAAUUGCUGCCAAGAGCACUCCAGCUCCAAGCUCUGACCUUGGCGAUGUUAAGUGCGAUGAUCAGACCAGUUGCCAGACGGGAUACACCUGUUGCCGUCUUUCUUCUGGAGAUUGGGGUUGCUGCCCUCUUCCUGAGGCUGUUUGCUGCCCAGAUCAUGAGCACUGCUGUCCCAAGGGUUACACGUGUGAUGCGGGUGGGGACUGUGUGCAAAACACCUGGCUGCAGGUGGACAGAGUCCCACUCACCCACACUGGUGGCAAAGAGCAACAACCAAUCAGCUCAAUAAAGGACAUUCAGUGUGGUGAUGGACAUAGGUGCCUUGAUAGUGAGACGUGUUGUAAAACCUCUGAGACCACCUGGGCAUGUUGUCCAUCUCCAAAGGCUGUGUGUUGUGAUGAUAUGAAACACUGCUGUCCUGCCGGAUACACGUGCGGUAAGGAUCGAGUAUGUAGUAAACCCAAAGGCCUCAAAUGGAACAGCUGGGGCAACUAGAGGAGGUUUUCCCCAGAAAAGAAAUGAGCUGUUUCUACGAAAACACAAUGCCCCACACCUCUUUCAGUGUGGGUUUUUUUAAAUGUGGGAUUUUUUUAAAUGUGACUAAUCAGUGCAAAUAAAAAGAGAAGUUAACAUGUUAUUGCAGUUCAUUGUAUUUGAACAGGAUUUUUGUGUGAAAGCUGGACAUGAUGGCUAAAAUAACUGUCAGUAUCAGUAAUACCUUCUUUGACUAAUUUUGUUGUACAUGUGUCAUUACUGUAAAGUGUGUAGCCUACAUAUACACAGUAAACAAACUACUACAUACAUGUGAAUAACACAUAAUCAGUCUCUGCCCUCUACUGGCUGCUUUGAAUUUAUGACUCAAUAGCAAAAGUUGACUAGUCCCUAUAUGUCUUGGUUUCCAACGCUGUUCAUAGGCCUACUUAACAUAUAAACAUUACGCCUUAUAAAAACGAUUACUUGACAAGGGAUAAGUAUUUAAAUAAAUUACUUCAGAUAUGGUUUCUUAUUUUCUCUGUAUCUCCAUAUUGCAGGUCAGGUACAUCAUACACAAGUAAAAUCACUAACUGUACAAAUGAUUUCUGUAAUUUUCCAUUGAUCUAAAUGAUUGCUGUGAUGAUUUAUGCUUCGUAACAGAUAAUUAAAAAUUAUGUCUUGAGUAAAAUGCGUCAUUCCAAACUA